AUGUCAGGCGGAAACGUUACCUUUGUGAAGGACUUUUUCAUUGUUGGAUUUCCAGGACUUCAUCCUAACUACUAUGCCCUUGUAUCUGCAGUUAUGUUCUUAGUUUAUGUGUGCACCUUAAUAGGGAAUGGAAUUUUUAUUCUUUUGUUUGCAACAAACAAAAGUCUUUAUAAACCCAUGUAUUUCAUUUAUAUUAGUCUUGUGUUUUCCGAUGUAUUGUUCAGUACAUGCACCUUACCAAAGAUCAUUGCUAGAUACUGGUUCCAAGAUGGGACCAUUUCAUUUGCAGCUUGUUUUUUUCAGAUGUACUUAGUGCAUUAUUUUGGUACAGUCAAUUCAUACAUACUAGCCGUAAUGGCCAUAGAUCGAUAUGUUGCAGUUUGCUAUCCAUUUCGUUAUCAUACUAUUAUGUCGAAUAGAAAUAUAUUAAUUCUGUCUAUAGCAGUCUGGGUUUUUGCUCAUAUUAGUAUUAUAAUGAUGGUUGUUCGAGCUUCCCCACUUCCUUACUGUGGAGCCAACACCAUUGUACACUGCUAUUGUGAUCAUGUAUCUAUUACACAACUUGCAUGCACUGACAGGACUCCAUAUAGUUUUCCAGCUUUUAUUUAUGCCAUGGUAGUAUUGCUGGGAUCUCUUGCCAUUAUUGUGUUCUCCUACUCUUGCAUUAUAUUAGCUGUCCUAAAAAUAUCAAGUACACAUGGGCGACUAAAGGUUUUUUCUACAUGUAGUUCUCAACUCAUUAUAAUUGCUCUCUUCUUCUUACCAAGAUGCUUUUAUUACUUGGCAGCAAAUAUAGGUAUCAAAUUAAAUGCUGAUUUGCAAAUAGCCAUAAUUAUGCUGUAUAGCCUUCUACCUCCAAUGAUCAAUCCUUUACUCUACAGUCUGAAAACAGAAGAAGUUAAGAAAAUCUUGAUAAGAAAUUUUAAGAAAAGGCCAAGUUAA